CGGAGCCCUGCCCGGGGCCCGGCGGCGGCGGCGGCGGCGGCGGGGCAGAGGGGCGAGCGGCGGGCGAGGCCGCGUCUACUUGCGCGGCGCAGCCCCGGCAUAGCCCGGGGCUGCCGGUGCCCGCCGCGCCAUUGUUGGGGGAGGGGGCGGCUGCUGAACGCGGCGGAGUCGGGGGUCGAGCCGAGGCGGCGGCGGCGGCGAGGAGCGGAGGCGCGCCCCAUGGGGAACACGCUGACCUGUUGCGUGUCCCCCAAUGCCAGCCCCAAGUUGGGCCGGCGCGCGGGGUCGGCGGAGCCGGACUACGAGUCGGAGGUCUACGAGGCGGCGGCCGGGGACGCGGUGGCGGUAGCGCCGGCGCCGGCUGCCGUGGAACCCGCCGAGGUGGAUUUCGGAGCCGGCGAAGGCCACCACCUGCAGCACAUCAGCGACCGGGAGAUGCCCGAAGACUUAGCUUUGGAAUCAAACCCUUCUGACCACCCAAGGGCAAGCACAAUUUUCCUGAGCAAAUCUCAAACGGAUGUGCGAGAAAAGAGGAAGAGCAACCACUUAAACCAUGUAUCUCCAGGGCAGCUUACUAAAAAGUAUAGCUCAUGCUCAACAAUAUUUCUAGAUGACAGCACAGUCAGCCAGCCUAAUCUUAGAACCACAAUAAAAUGUGUGACCUUAGCAAUAUAUUACCACAUAAAGAACAGAGAUGCAAAUAGAUCCCUGGAUAUUUUUGAUGAGAGAUCACAUCCACUCACACGAGAAAAGGUUCCAGAGGAAUACUUUAAGCAUGAUCCUGAACAUAAAUUCAUUUACAGAUUUGUUCGGACUCUGUUCAGUGCUGCACAACUAACUGCUGAGUGUGCAAUAGUAACUUUGGUUUACUUAGAAAGGCUUUUAACUUAUGCUGAGAUCGACAUUUGCCCCACUAACUGGAAAAGAAUUGUUUUGGGAGCCAUUCUUCUUGCCUCCAAGGUUUGGGACGAUCAGGCUGUAUGGAAUGUGGACUACUGCCAGAUCCUCAAGGACAUUACAGUUGAGGACAUGAAUGAGAUGGAAAGGCACUUUCUGGAGCUACUUCAGUUUAAUAUUAAUGUUCCCGCCAGUGUUUAUGCCAAAUACUACUUUGACCUUCGCUCCUUAGCAGAUGACAACAACCUGAGCUUUCUGUUCGCUCCUCUCAGCAAAGAGCGGGCGCAGAACCUAGAGGCCAUUUCCAGAUUGUGUGAAGACAAAUACAAAGACUUGUGCAGAGCUGCUAUAAGAAGGUCUUUCAGUGCUGAUAAUUUCAUUGGUAUUCAGCGCUCCAACGCCAUCCUCUCUUAAGGAAGAAGUGAGGGGUUGUAACAUCAUAAACCCCUCGCAACAAGGACUGGAGAAAUAUCACCUCUCCUGUUCAGAAACCAGCAAAGUUAAUAUUUUCACCUAAAAGAAAGACAUUGAAUUCAAGACACUCAUGGACAGUGAGGAUUAUGCUCAUAGGAAAGAACGGGACCUUGUCAAUGCAACACACUCUUCUGUCCUUUUUAAUGUAAACAGAGUUACAAAAACUACUCCAAAGCUAAAAGCUCCCAACCCACACACAGUUAUUUGCUUACUAUGUAGGCCAAUAGCUGUGAACUAUGUGAGGUUUUUUAAUUACCAGUUUAAAUUUUUAGACUUUAAAGACACUAACUAUUAUAGCGUUUACGUUUUUCCUUCUUUUCUUGCCCCACUCCCCCAUAUUGCUGCAUAUUCCUUUAGAAUCAAUGCAGUAUUACCAUUAAAACAUGGGACUCCUAACAACUCAUAAAGCCACUUAGGAACAGACUGUUGUAGCAUUGUUCGGUUUGAAGGAUUCUUCCUCCCUACUACAUCAUUGAAGCUGCUAGUCAGUAUUGGCAAUCGAUUUAAACCAAAAAGCUGCUGAAUAACACUUGUCAUUCAAAUUCUUUGCAAGCACUACUUAUUAGCAUUAUUAGCGUGUUUGGGAUCAUAAACAGAGAAAGUAUGUUAUUAUCUCCUUCUGUUGGGUCCGUGCUGUAUUUCUUUUUGACUAUAAUGGUGCUUCUCAUUUUCUGAUGAUUGUUCCUCUCUGUUAAAUACUUGUAUUGAGGGAUAUUUUCAUAAUUCCAGCCAACAUGGUGGUCCAGUAAUUAGCACGCAGGUAAUAAAAUAGAAGGUGUCCCAAAAGUCUUAGUGCAAUUUUAAGCUUUAAUAUGUGUGCUUGACACUGCAGGACACUGUUGCAGAAGUAUAAAUGCUACAGACUGGCAAACAUCAUUUGAAAGUUUUAAAGUUUUAAACGUUAAGCUUUUAAUUUUAAUUUUUUGUUUCAGCCCCUCUUGAAGAUAGCAAACAAUGGGCCGAAACAAAAAAUUAAAACGAAGAGCUUAGUAUUUAAAAUUUACAAAACUUAAAUGAGUUUAGAAGAAAUUCAAUUAAACUUUCAAAUGUUGUUUUGUAAGUCUGUAGCAUUUAUACAUCUACAGGUAUCAAAGCUUAAAAUUGCACUAAGACUUCAAGGGAUACUUUAUAUCUUCACAGACCUGCCCCUCCUCUUUUUAAAAUAAUCCUUUGCAAGGCUGGGCUGUUAACCUGCUUGAUCACCUAAGUUUUUUUUUUCUUCUAGAUUUGAUAAAGUAAUUAUGAACAACAGUGUUAAUACACAUGUAAUAAAUUGAAAGGAAUUGGACCCUAAUAGUGGUGAUAGGAAAGUAAGUGCUGUGCAACAGCUUUUCUAUCCUGUGUGUUAAUAAUCUGGCUGUAGGUGUCUCACGUCAAGUUCUGCUAUUUUUAAGAGGAAACAUAUAAACCUUAGGAACCCUUACCUCAGGCUUUAAAAGGCGGGGAGGUCCAGUAAUCAGUCUUUUAGGAGAUUGGUAAUGAUGUCACCUAAACUUGAAAUAUUAAAAAAAAAAAAAAAAAGGAAAGAAAGAUUAGUGUUCUCAACUAUGUGAAAUCUUUUUCUGCCUAUCUUCUCAAAUACAGUGCUAGGAAUUUUGCCUGUAAACAAAGCAUUUCUGGGCCAGAAAUACUUUCUCUCUUUAUAGCAAGGCUUCACAUUAUAUUGAGUGCUGCAGGUUCCAUCAUUUUUAAAGGACAGAGACCUAAAUGAUAAAUAAUGGUAUAUAAAAUAUUACAAUCUACCACCUCAAAAAAUAUUGUUUAUGGAGUUUGGAGUUUGGAGACUCAAGUAUUGAUUGCAGUUUUAUUUUGAAAAGAUUGCUACAACUUAUGUGGUUUUUUUCCCUCAUGUUUAUAUUAAAAGAAAAGCUAAUAAACUCUAUUU